AUGUUAACCACGCCGUUCUUUCCUUUUAAACACCGGAGCCAUCUGGCAUCGCACCACGCUCAACGACGACUGACAGGCGAUACUUGCGGCGCCGUUGGUUUAGUGGUAAAAUAUCUCGUUGCCAACGAGAUGCCCCGGUUGCCGUUGCCGUUGCCGUUGCCGUUGCCGUUGCCGCUUCAUUUGCCGCUUCAUUUGCCGUUGCCGUUGCCGUUGCCGUUGCCGGCGCCGUUGGUUUAG